GUGUAUCAGUUAUACCUGUGCUACAAAGAACUCUCCACUAUGAUUGCAUUGUCCUAGUGAAACAAUUCAGGCCUCCAAUGGGAGGGUAUUGCUUGGAAUUCCCUGCAGGCCUCAUUGAGGGAAAUGAAAGCCCAGAAAGUGCUGCCUUGCGAGAGUUGGAGGAAGAAACGGGGUACAAAGGGGAUGUCGUUGAAUGUUCUCCAGCUGUUUGCUUGGACCCUGGUUUGACAAACUGCACAACGCACCUUGUGACUGUCACCAUUAAUGGAGAUGAUGCUUGUAAUAUAAGACCCAUGCAAAAGCCUGAGGAAGGAGAAUUUGUGGAAGUUGUUUCGCUACCAAAGAAUGAUCUACUGCAAAGAAUUGAAGAGCUAGUGGCAGAAGACCAUGUUUUAGUGGAUGCCAGAGUUUAUGCCUAUGCAUUGGCACUGAAACAUGCAACACAAAAACCCCUCCAAGUGCCUUUUAUGAAGUUCUAAGGCUGCAUACUUAACCUUGUUGAAUACUUCCAGGAUGGAGUCAAAUGGUCAAUGUAGGACUUGGAAGCUGUAUGUUUUCCUACAAUAAAAGAUCCUGUAGAUUACACAUAUUAAGCAAUCAUAAUUCCAGGAAAGAUUGCUUGAACUAUUUGUGCUAUAUAAAGCUUUUCUGUUCAAGCUCUGACUCUGAAUGGAAUUUUAUCCUUUGCAGAAGAAUAAAAAGAAUCAUGGCCUGUUAAGA